AUGAUGCCACGCAGUGGUUCGCGUGGCUCGACACCUCCAACCCCAGGAGGGGAAUUAGAUGAGGAAGAUUAUGCGCACGGGAAGAGGCUUACUGAUCUGGUCUCCACGCCACCCCAUGCCAAAGAACGACGGAAACUGAUGUUUAAAAAGCAGGAGAAUUUGCCCCCGUAUGAUGUUGUGCCUUCGAUGCGACCUGUUGUAAUCGUUGGGCCAUCACUGAAAGGUUACGAGGUUACUGAUAUGAUGCAGAAGGCUGUGUUUGACUAUCUCAAACAUCGAUUCGAGGGAAGGUUAGCUCUCGACCGUCAUACCAACCCUUUUGUUAAAAUAUGA